AUGUACAACCUGCAAGAUCGAAAAGUCCUAGUGACAGGUGCAAGUCGCGGCCUUGGCGCAGCAAUUGCAAAAGCUUUUGCUGAGGAAGGCUGUGACCUUGCCAUCACUUAUCUCGGAUCGAAAGACAAAGCAGAGGCUGUGGCUGCUGAUAUAAGAUCCUCCACCGGGAGGAAAGUAGUGGUACUUCAAGCUGUGACUCACACCGUCACAAGGAACCCUGAAUGCAAGAGGAUCAUCGACGAGGCGGUCAAAGGACUUGGUGGUCUUGACAUUGUUGUCAGCAAUGCUGGAAACACCAAGAUCGCCCCAUUCGGAGACAUCGACGCCCUCACCGAAGCAGACUGGGACCACACCUGGAACCUCCUCGUCAAAUCCAACGUCUUCCUGCUCCGUACAGCUCGUCCACAUUUCAACGCCAACCCCGACGGCGGCGUAUUCUUGAUCCAGUCCUCUGUCGGAGGACUCUUCACGAACGGCAGCAGUAUGGCGUACUCUGUCUGCCGGGCUGCUGGACUGCAUCUCAAUAAGUGUCUGGCUGAAACACAGGGCCCGAAGAUUAGAGUAAAUGCUGUUUGUCCUGGCCUUGUUCAUACGGAAAGAACUACACUCUUUACUGAGGAGCAGAGACAGGGGUAUUUUGACAUGGCAAAGUUGAAGAGAAUCACGACGCCAGAAGAGAUUGCCAUGACUUUUGUGUUUGCUGCUAAGAAUUCUGGCAUGACGGGGGAACGCAUCAGGGUUGACUCUGGGAUGAUUAUAGUGUAG